GGAUUCACGCCCCUCUCAUGUCAGCUUCAACUAAACCCUUAACUAAACUAAAGCCUUACGAUUCGAAAAAUAAAACUUCAACUAACACCCAGUCUCUCUCCCGGCUGUGCUCGGCAUUGACAUCUUUUGGAGGAUUUCUUUUAUCAAUACCAUAACCUCAUACAUAAGAUUUUAAAGAUGUUGCUGAUUGAUCCUGCAAAGAAGAUAUCUUUUCAGCGCUGCAUUAGUGAUGGAGAUUUGGUUAUUGUAUAUGAGAGGCAUGACACCAUGAAGGCUGUUAAAGUUUGUGAGGGUUCUAUGCUGCAGAACCGUUUUGGUGUAUUUAAACAUUCGGAAUGGAUAGGGAAAACCUUUGGGUCCAAGGUGUUCAGCAACAAGGGUGGAUUCGUUUACUUGUUGGCGCCAACUCCUGAGCUAUGGACUCUGGUUCUAAGCCACAGAACUCAGAUUCUAUAUGUUGCAGAUAUUAGCUUUGUUGUCAUGUACCUAGAAAUAGUGCCUGGUUGCUUGGUUCUUGAGUCAGGCACUGGGAGUGGAUCUUUAACUACCUCACUAGCAAGGGCUGUAGCUCCCACAGGACAUGUAUAUACAUUUGAUUUUCAUGAACAAAGGGCUGCCUCAGCUAGGGAGGAUUUUGAGAGGACGGGACUGAGCAGUUUAGUCACUGUGGGGGUCAGAGAUAUUCAGGGUGAGGGGUUUCCUGUAGAAUUUUCUGGGUUGGCUGAUUCUGUCUUCCUGGAUUUACCACAACCCUGGCUGGCAAUUCCUUCUACUGGGAAAAUGUUGAAAAAAGAUGGGAUUAUAUGCUCCUUCUCACCAUGCAUUGAGCAAGUACAACGUUCAUCUGAAGCUCUUAGAUUGAAUUUUACUGACAUAAGAACUUUCGAGGUACUCCUUAGAACGUAUGAAGUUCGGGAAGCGAAAAUGGAUUGCUGCGAGGGUGAUGAAGGGGCUUCUCUCGGGUCUCUUCCUCUCAAGAGGAGGCAGCGAUCAAGUGAAGGAAGCAAUGGCCAAGAAAUUUCUACUUCUCCCACAGUCAUGGCUAAACCAUCUGGUGAGGCUAGAGGUCACACUGGCUACUUGACAUUUGCAAGACUUAAAUGCCUCUCAUAGAAAGCAUGACUUUGCUUUUGCCCGUUCAGGAAAACACAGCCAAACACCUAAGAGCUCAGAAACUUCCCAAGAGAGACCAUCUCCAACAGGUCCAUCUCCUUCUUCACAUCAAGCUGCAUCUGAUUACCCACUUCCAAUGGCAUUCCGAACUCCAAAUUGCUCUCAACAACAGAACCACUAGGCAUGUCAUCAAGCAUGGACCCAAAACUACAUUCGUCAGAAAAAGUUUCUGCGUCAAAAGAUAAGUCCCCGCUCUCACAAUUACUUGGGACUAGCUGAUCAUUGAGGUCGAAAUCUGAUCUCUCAGACUGAAGUUGUGGACAGAACAUAGUAUCAACCACAUGUGUGUUGGAUUCCGAGAAUGGGUUAUUUUGAUAUCCAACGCGAUUUUGAUAUCCAACCCAAUCUGAAUCUGAGGUCACGCUCUUGAUGUAGUUCUGCAAGAGGUAGUUGUUGUUCUUGGUGUUGCGAUUAUUGCGCUUUGCAAAUUGCCUUCUUUUUGUUGCAUUCCAAUGGUUCUUUAUAGUGUUUUCAGUCCUUCCAGGUAACCUCUUUGCAAUUUCUGACCAUUUAUUCCCUAGUUCUCUGUGGGCUCUUAUGAGUAUCAUGUCCUCUUCCUCAGUAAAUAUAUCUUUCUGCAAAUGAAACAGAUAAAUAAACAGUAGUAAUUGUAAAACUAUGCGUUCAUGCCCGUA